UGUUUUUUUCAUGACAACCAACCCUGAACUCAACCUCUUCACACACACACUUGGUCUUCUCCAAGAAAGAAAAACCCUUUAUCUUCUCCUCCAUAUUAGAUGGAAAAACGUUACAAUAUAUGACUUCUUUUUCUCAAGUGUGACUAAGACCAUUUCUCUAGCACAUUAUUAGCUACACAACCUUAUAUGCAUAUACAUUAAUACAUUAAUAUAUAUAUAAAUUACACAUACUUUUUUAUAAUCCUUGUUCUUCACUCUAUUCACUUCAUUAUAUUUUCCUUCACCAUUUCACCCACAAAAAACUCAUCAUAAUAACCACAAUGUCUAAAUUGAAAUCUUCAUCAUCAUCUUCAAUGUUACUUCCUCCACUUCUUCUAUCUCUUCUCCUCAUUGUUCCAACAUUCUCAACAUCAAGAAAAGUUCUUGAUGAGAAUCACCAUGAAGGGAUCAUCAGAGUCAACCUUCGCCAUGUUGACUCCGGCAAGAACCUAACCAAGCUGGAGCGUGUCCAACACGGCAUGAAGCGCGCCAAGAGCCGCCUCCAGCGGCUCAACGCAAUGGUAACAAAAAAACAAUCCCAAUUCUCUAAAAGCGAAGAACUAGAUUCAGAUUCAGAAUCAGAAUCUGAAUCUAGUUCUUCGCAAAUCCAGUCUCCAAUACACGCGGGGAACGGGGAGUACCUAAUGGAACUAGCCAUAGGUACUCCUCCAAAGUCGUACCCCGCGAUAUUGGACACUGGUAGCGACCUCAUAUGGACACAAUGCCAGCCUUGUUCCCAAUGUUACAAGCAACCAACACCUAUCUUCGACCCCAAGAAAUCUUCGAGUUUCUCGAAGCUUUCUUGCGGAAGCAAUCUAUGCAACGUUCUACCUUCCUCCAGCUGUAGCAGCGGCGGCGGCGGCGACAGCGAAGGCUGCCAGUAUAUGUACUCAUACGGCGAUUAUUCCGUCACACAAGGCGUUUUAGCAACGGAGACUUUUACUUUUGGCAGUUCUAAGAUUAAAAGCAUUGGAUUUGGAUGCGGCGAAGAUAACCAAGGAAGUGGAUUCGAACAAGCUUCCGGUCUAGUCGGACUAGGCCGGGGGCCAUUAUCGCUUGUUUCGCAGCUCAAAGAGCCGAAAUUUUCGUAUUGCUUACAAUCCAUUGAUGACAGAAAAAACAGUGUUCUUUUGUUAGGAUCAUUGCCGAAAACGAAAAACGCGAAAGGAGCUGUAACGACACCGUUGCUUAAGAAUCCGAUGCAGCCUUCGUUUUACUUCCUUGAUCUGCAAGGAAUCUCGGUUGGUGGAACUCAAUUGAGCAUUGAGGAAUCGACGUUUGAACUCGGCAAUAACGGAAGUGGUGGCUUGAUCAUUGAUUCAGGGACAACAAUUACAUACAUUGAAGAAAAUGCUUUUGAUGCAUUGAAGAAGGAGUUUGUUUCACAAAUGGAUUUGCCAGUGGAUAAUUCUGGAUCAACGGGGCUUGAUGUGUGCUUCAGUUUGGAGUCUGCUACGGGUCGAAUCGUUGGUGAUGUGAAUUUGGGUGUGGCGUGUUUGGCUAUGGGUAGUUCUUCUACUGGCAUGUCAAUAUUUGGAAAUGUUCAACAGCAGAAUUUGUUGGUGAAUCAUGAUCUUCAGAAGGAGACUAUUACUUUUGUUCCUACACAGUGUGAUCAGGUUUAAGAGUCUUGUAAUUUGGUGAAUCAUGAUACUUGUUUUGAUUAUUAUUGCUUUCUUUCUUCUUCUUCUUCUAUGUUAUUGUUGUUGCCUCAGAGAAAUUAUUGUUGUUGUUAUCACUAUUCAAUUUCUUAAUUGUUUUAAUGAUCUUAGCAUUUUCAUGAA